GGAAGAUGGCGGCUGCCCCGCUGUACUGUGUCUGCCGGCGGCCCUAUGAUUUUAACCGGUUUAUGAUCGAAUGCGACAUUUGUAAGGACUGGUUCCACGGCAGUUGUGUUCAGGUAGUGGAGCACCAUGCUGCUGAUAUCGAUGUGUAUCACUGUCCCAACUGUGAGCCCAUCCACGGACCCUCCAUGAUGAAAAAGCAUAACAACUGGCACAGGCAUGACUACACAGAGCCAAAUGAUGGCACACACCCCAUCCAGGCAGGAACUGCUGUGUUUGUACAGGAACUCCAAGCCAGGAGCUUUUGCAGUGGGGAUGAGGUUCUGGUGCCAAUGCAUGGGAGUCAGGUGACCCAACGCUUCCUGGAGAAGGAGGGCUUCCAUUACCCCAUAGUGGUGCAUGACCAAGAUGGACUGGGCCUUAAACUGCCCUCUCCUUCUUUCUCUGUCAGCGAUGUGGAGCAUUACGUUGGGUCAAAUAAAGUAAUUGACGUGAUUGAUGUCGCAAGACAGGCAGACAGCAAGCUGAAGCUGGGAGAGUUUGUGAAGUAUUACUACCAACCUGAACGGCCCAAAGUUUUGAAUGUUAUCAGCCUGGAGUUCUCUGACACAAAGAUGUCUGAUUUGGUGGAGGUUCCUGAGAUAGCGCAGAAUAUGUCGUGGGUGGAGAACUACUGGCCUGAUGACUCGCUCUUCCCCAAACCAUUUGUGCAAAAGUAUUGUCUCAUGGGAAUGAAGAACAGUUACACAGACUUCCACAUCGACUUUGGAGGAACUUCAGUGUGGUAUCAUGUUCUUUGGGGAGAGAAGAUUUUCUACUUGAUCAAGCCGACUAAGGCUAACCUUGCACUAUAUGAGUCCUGGAGCUCAUCACCCAAUCAGAGCGAAGUAUUCUUUGGGGAUAAAGUUGACAAGUGUUACAAAUGUGUGGUGAAGCAGGGAACUACCAUCUUCCUCCCCACCGGUUGGAUCCAUGCAGUGCUCACUUCUCAGGACUCCAUGGCGUUUGGUGGGAAUUUCUUGCAUAACUUAAACAUAGGCAUGCAGCUCAGGUGUUAUGAGAUGGAACGCAGACUGAAGACUCCAGAUCUCUUUAAGUUCCCAUACUUUGAGGCCAUCUGCUGGUACGUGGCCAAAAACCUUCUGGAGUCCCUUAAAGAGCUGCGGGAGGAUAAUCGUCAAGCUCAGGAUUAUCUAGUGGACGGGGUGAAAGCUUUAAUCUCAUCACUGAAGACAUGGCUGAGGAGGGAGUUGACUCAACCUAACAGUGAGGUUCCAGACCAUAUCAGGCCAAACCAUCUCAUCAAAGCUCUGACCAAGGAGAUCCGCAACCUGGAGGGUGAUUCGAAUAAAGCUGGAAAAUCUCAGGAAGGUGCAGAGUCCGCUUUAACACGCUCCGCACUGGAGAAAGGAUAUCAGGCACGGCGUGCAGCUCGGAGGCUACGAGACCAUCAUCAUCGACACCACCACCAUCAUCAUCAUCAUCACAGCCGCAAACUGCCCUCUAACUUGGACAUCCUGGAGCUUCACACGCUGGAGGUAUUAAAGAGACUGGAGGUCGGACCGCUUGUGGAGGACCCAACCUUCAGCUCCAAAGUGAACGGCAAGUUUAAGAAAGUGUCUGCAGUAGCUGUUGAUGGGAGUCAUGACAAUGCCCUGCGCCUGGUGCUAUGUAAUGGCAAAAUUAUGAGGGAGAGGUUAUCUAUCAGUAAUGUGACAGCCAAAGUCAAUGGAGUGGAAAUGUUGCAGUUCCAUCAACACAGGAUCAAAUUGGAAAGAAUGCCAAUGUGCCCAGAAGAAGAAGUGAAAAAAGAAAAGCAAGAGGAUGAAUUUGGAGUUCACUGCUCCAUCAAGAAACCACUCAAUCAUGGUCUAACAGUGCAGACAGAGUCGCCACGUGUAGCAUCUUCAGACAGUGACUCGGAGUCAGAGGCGGAGGAUUGUGCUGAGAAACGCUCAUCAGAGUCAGGGAGUUCUGAGGAAGAGGAUGGAGCGAGCAAGAGAGACUCAGGGAGUUUUGUGGAGCAUCUUAGCGGCCACCAAAAGCAAGCGUUAAAACGAGAACGUCCUACCUCACCGAGAACAGACAGUGCCAUUCAGGGCAUGCUGUCCAUGGCGGGGCUGUUGUGUCCGCAGGCAUCAGAAGGGGCCGAUUGGUGGACCAGUCAAGGUAACAGUAACAGCAACAGCAGCAGUGAUAUGUGGGACAGCAGUGAACCCUGCUCAGCGCCCCGCAGCCCAGAGGGAGGAGACGGGAGUCUCGGGGAGGAAUAUUCCUAUAGAGAGAGCUCACUUUCCCCUCCGCUCCACCCCUCCAAAAGACAUGCCCCCAACCCCACGCCCAUCAGCAACCAGGCCACUAAAGGAAAGCGUCCUAAGAAAGGAGAGGCGACAGCUAAACAGAGGCUUGGGAAGAUAUUGAAAAUGAGUCGCCAUAAAGGCUUAUUCCUGUAGCAUGACGGAGGAAAGAAUGAGACUAUGUUUAAUAAAUCAACACAGCUGCUUUUCUUUAUACGCUGGGAUUAUCAACACACACACACACACACACACACACACAAACACACACAGUUCACUGUGCAUGUUUAGGUGACAGGGUAUGUUUAAUGGCUCACCUUUUCCACCAAUCACACGAAAUACACAACACAUUAUCCAUCAACGCAGGGAAACUGCUUUACAGCAUUUAAACAUUAACAGCCAAAAGUUUCAAGAGGAAGCACAGAAACGCAUGGUCGGAUGCCAGAGAGCAGCGCGUUCCUUCUGGCAAAUGUGUAUCACGGGCUGAGGCCUCUCCUCUCCCCCACCCUACCUCUUCUCACAUCUGUAGCAUGAGUGUCCAGGCGCUCGCAGACACUGGGAUUGUUCCAUUGAUCCUCAGAUUCCCCUCAAGUCAUUAUCAAUCUGCCUAUUUCUCCUUUUGAUUGUCUCAGGCUGGAGUAUGAGCUUUUGAAAUGGUGCUGAUCGUUUAUAAGCCCUUUCCCAACCCCCUCUACCCCUUUAAGCAAUAAUUGUACAGCAGUGAGUGAUGUUUUGAUGAUUUAGUGGGCUGCACUUUUAGGAUGCGCAGGAAGUCCUCUCAUGGUGGAACCAUCAAAUGAAAUCAGAGUGGCAAAGAUACAACUAUAUGACUUCCCCUUGAUUUGACAGUGUUAAUCCUUUUUAAUUAAGUUAAUUACAUUAAUAAUCUGUUUUUGUACCUUAGUUUGAAAAAACAAUAUUUACAAAGGUGAGAAAUAUGCUGAUAAAUGCUUAUACAACAGAAGUCUGUGUUUGCAAUCCUUGUAUUGCAAGUGCAUCUGGUUGUAAACAUGUUUUGGUUCGUUUUUUAUGUUCCCGAAAGGUACUAGUGAAACUCGGAAAUAGUCAUUUUACACUGGCAAAAUUGAGAAAAUCGUACAUGUAUUGUCACACAUUUAUUCGCCUCUGUCACAACCCAGUGGCCGCAGAGAGGUACUGCAUCCUGGAGCGCUGCCCCGAGAUACUGUAUGUGAUGUAGUUUGCGAGGACUAAAUAUGCUUGUCACGUGAUUGACAAUGAUCUUCAGCUCAUUCUGCAUAAUUUGUUCUAUUUUGUUUGUUUUAAUUGUUUUUUUUUUGUUGUUGUUUUUUGACUGGACAACUUAUUUAUUAAUUUCAAAGAUUUAUAUUGCAUUCUGAGUUUCCCGUUUUUCCUUAGUAUUGAAUAGUUAUGUAAAUACGAGUAUAAUUUCGAAAGAAGAAUGAGCUUUUGUUUAGGUUCAGCUUUAUGGGGUUUGUUGUCAACACAUUUAAUGCUACUUUUUAAAAUAAUAAUAAUUUGAAUGACUUUACCUGUUAAAUUUACCUCUGAAAUGUUAGCGCGAGUUGACUGUGUGAAUAUUGAUGCUUUAUGUUGUCUUUGCGACCUGUUGAAGCGGGACAAACGAAUUUCAGUGGGAACAACAACAAAAAAAUGGUGGUGCUUGUGUGAAUUUCUUAGAGAGGCUAUGAAACGUUUUCUCAGGGAACAUCAAACAGGUGACAUCUUUGAAUUCAUCACUAGCACCGUCGUUUAAUCGCGUUUUGUACUCUUUCCCACAAACUUGCCAACAAAUGUAUAUAUUCCCAUUUAUUUUGUGUCUGGUAAAUGUAAAACCCAGAUUCUGAACAAAAGUGUGUUCCACUGUAAAGUAUAUAAAAAUGAGUUUGUAAGACUUUGUGAGGAUAGAACAGCACCAACAGAUUUUGGUCAGCUACUCUUGACUGUUGUGUAAGAAGUCUGUUGGUUCAGAAAGCAAAUGCACUAUUUUGGAUCUACAUGACUUGAGUCGGAUAACUGCUAAAACUCAGGCUUUGUUAUGGUUUUGAGUUUUGCUCAUCCGCGAGUGUUUUAUGAUGAAAUGUUCCUCUGUUCCCACUCAAAAACCGUCACAUAGACAGACACCCUUUGAAAAUGUCAGCACUAUAAGGCAAACAGCUCAUAUCCUUCAUAUCUGAUCAAUCGAGCUGUUCUUCAGACAGGUUUCCAUUGCUUUUGACGCAUUAAUUGUACAGUAUUUAUUAAGCUCUAGCAUUCAUUUCCAUACUCAACUGUGGUAUAGACUUAAUGUCACUGUGUUUUCAAAUGCUGUGUUCUGUUCCUUCUCUUCAAUAGUUCUCUUUGAAAAGUUUUGGAUGUGAUGGACUUUCUCCAAUGCAAUGUAUAUAUAAGAUGCGAGAAAUGUUUUGUAGAUCACACUGUUUUCCCCUUCCCUUUACCAAGUGUUAAGUGAUAAAACACUGUUCUAUUGACAAA